GUUGCUGGGAGCGCUUUUGCAGCAGUCGAGACUUUCGUUUUCAUUUCUUCACCUGAAACAAACUGGAUUCAUGUUGUUGGAGUCAUUAGAUUAAAUAAACAUGGCAGGCUUGGAGGUGUUGUAUGCCUGUGCAAGUGGCAGUAUCAGCUGUCCUCAGGACGCCCUUGUGUGUUUCGUUCACUGGGAAAUGAUAAAGAGUGGAUACAGGUGCAUCGGGUCUGGAGAUGAGCCUCGCAGCACUGAUAAGAAGUCAGAGCUGCUGCCUGUUGACUGGAGCAGCAACAAGGAGCUGUACAGUCUGAGAUAUAAACCCAUGGACAGUGAAACCCAGUUGCUGCUUAAAGCCAUUGCUGUCGACUCCACUUUGAUCUUCAACCUGAUGAACUCCAGCUCACAGCAGGUGACAGACUUGACGGUGAACAUCAGCGAUCAUGUGGAUGCUGGCCAGUUGCGCACAUUUGACAGUGUGUUCAAAGACGGAGACAGUUUGUCAGAGAAGGUGAAGACUCAGCUGCUGCCCUCCCAGGACAGACCGAAGGGACAGACGGCAGAGAGGAGGAGUCGGAGUGAGGAGGAGGAGGAGCGGAGACGAAGACGAGAGGACAGCGACCCCCUCGGUAUCCCACACAGACAUCCUCGCCAGGGAACUCAGCCACACUGGCCCGGUCCCAUGAUUCCUCCGUUUGCAGCUGGAGGAGCAGAUCUGGAUCCCUUUGGGACUCGAGGUGGCGGCGGGAUGAUAGUGGACCCGUUGAGGUCGGGGUAUCCUCGCUCUGGUUUUGACCCAUCCAGCGGCAUACCAGACAUUCUGCCUCCAGGAGCUGUUCCCCCGGGGGCUCGCUUCGACCCGUUCGGACCAAUCAGACAACGCAGACCAGGGCCGGACCCAGACCACAUGCCCCCACCUGGCUAUGAUGACAUGUUCAUGUAGCUCCCAGAUGUGUUUCCUGUUUUUCUACUUCCUGUUUGCAGCAUCUUGCCCUCCAGCCAGUAGGAGCCAGGCGGAAAGUUCCCAUCUUCACCCCCUCGAGGGUUUGGUUUGAUUUGGUUUAGUGGCCCGCAAAUAAAAGUUUUGCCUUCUGA